AUGAAGAAGUUUGGGAUUGAAAAUGCAAGUCACAAGAUAACUUCUGCUGCAACACAUGUGAAAGUAACCAAAGAUGAAAAGGGUGUUCAUGUAGAUCAAAGUUUAUACAGAAGCAUGAUUGGCAGUAUGCUCUACCUCACAUCAAGUAGGCCUGACAUCACCUUAUUUGUAGGUGUUUCUGCAAGAUAUCAAACUAAACCCAAGUCUAGUCAUCUCACUCAAGUGAAGAGAAUUUUGAAGUAUGUAAAUGGGACUUGUUACUAUGGUAUUCUCUAUUCACAUAGUACCAAUUCUAUUCUAGUUGGGUAUUGUGAUGUUGAUUGGGAUGGAAGUCCAAAUGAUAGAAAAAACACAUAUGGUGGAUGUUUCUUUAUUGGAAAUAACUUAAUAUCUUGGUUUAGCAAGAAUAAAAUUUGUGUCUCAUUAUCUACUGCAAAAGCUAGAUACAUUGGUGAAGGGAGCAGUUGCACACAAUUGCUCUGGAUGAAACAAAUGUUGAAGGAGUAA